AAUGGCCGAAGAACUCACACAACAACAGCAACAUCUACACUUCUUCCAACUCAGUCUCUUUCCUCACUUCACAACAAUCACUUCUGCUACUUCCUUAGACCCACUAAAACUAAAUCUAAAACUACCACUGCAACACUUUUUCUCUCUUUCACUUCACAUUCUCUUCAUCACUCUUUUUUCUCUAUGGACCGUACUGACAAACAGCAGCACCAGCAGCAGUUGCCUCUGGCAAAGUGUGCCAGGCAAAGAUGCAGUGAAUGGAUUUUCCGGGAUGUACCAAGUGAUAUAACUAUAGAAGUUGGUGGAGGAACAUUUUCAUUACACAAGUUUCCUCUGGUCUCGCGAAGCGGCCGGAUAAGGAGGCUAGUCGCGGAGCACAGAGAUUCCGACAUCUCAAGAGUGGAGCUUCUUAAUCUACCAGGAGGAGCAGAAUGCUUUGAGCUAGCAGCAAAAUUCUGCUACGGGAUAAACUUCGAGAUCACUUCCACAAACGUUGCUCAGCUAUGCUGUGUUUCGGACUAUCUAGAAAUGUCGGAGGACUUCUCCAAGGACAACCUCGGCUCGCGAGCCGAGGAGUAUCUGGACAGCAUUGUCUGCAAGAAUCUUGAAAUGUGUGUGCAAGUCUUGCAGCAGUGCGAAAGCCUGCUGCCUCUGGCGGAUGAGCUGAAGAUUGUUAGCCGGUGCAUCGACGCCAUCGCCUCCAAAGCCUGCGCCGAACAGAUAGCUUCUAGCUUCUCAAGAUUGGAGUACAGCAGUUCAGGGAGGUUACAUAUGAGCCGGCAGGCGAAAUGCGACGGCGAUUGGUGGAUCGAAGAUCUCUCUGUUCUUAGAAUUGACAUGUUUCAGAGAGUCAUAACGGCGAUGAAAUGCCGCGGCGUUCGGCCUGAGAGUAUCGGCGCUUCGCUAGUGAAUUAUGCUCAGAAGGAGUUGACUAAGAAAUCAAGCUUGUGGAAUCCUUCUAGGGAGACUAAAGUGGAUGCGAAUUCGAGCGAGCACGAGAAGCUUGUGGUUGAAGCAAUCGUUAGUCUUUUGCCUGUUGAGAAGCUUGCAGUUCCAAUAAACUUCCUCUUCGGCCUUCUUCGAAGCGCCGUGAUGCUCGAUUGCGCGAUCGCCUCGCGGCUCGAUCUUGAAAGAAGGAUCGGAUCGCAGCUAGAUAUUGCCACUCUUGAUGAUAUCCUGAUUCCGUCUUUCCGGCACGCCGGCGACACAUUGUUUGAUGUUGACACGGUUCAUAGGAUUCUGGUGAAUUUUUGUCAGCAAGAUGAUAGUGAAGAUGAUCUAGAAGACGCUUCGGUUUUUGAAUCUGAUAGCCCACGUUCGCCUUCGCAAACUGCGUUGGUUAAGGUUGCGAAAUUAGUUGAUAACUACCUGGCCGAAAUCGCCCCUGAUGCAAACCUGAAGCUGCCUAAGUUCAUGGUCAUUGCAGAAACCUUGCCGGCGCAUGCUCGGACGGUCCAUGACGGAUUAUAUCGGGCCAUCGAUAUUUACUUGAAAGCGCAUCAAGGUUUGACAGAUAUGGACAAGAAGAAACUAUGCAAACUGAUUGACUUUCAGAAACUUUCUCAAGAAGCCGGAGCUCACGCCGCUCAAAACGAGCGGCUUCCUCUGCAAUCAAUUGUGCAAGUUCUGUAUUUUGAACAACUAAGACUCAGAAAUUCUUUGUCCUGUUCUUAUGGGGAAGAUGACCCCAAGCCAAUGCACCAGUCGUGGCGAAUUAGUAGUGGCGCUCUGAGUGCCGCUAUGUCUCCACGAGACAAUUAUGCGUCGUUGAGGCGAGAGAAUCGCGAGCUAAAGCUUGAGUUAGCACGGCUGCGAAUGAGACUGAAUGAUCUUGAGAGGGAGCAUGUUUGCAUGAAGAGGGACAUGGCCAAGUCCGGAUCUAGAAAAUUUAUGACUUCAUUCUCUAAAAAGAUUGGUAAGCUUAGCUUCUUUGGACAUAUUUCUUCAAGAGGAUCAAGUUCUCCUUCAAGGAAUUCUCAAAGAACAGAUUCAAAGGUGAUUGAGAGAACCUGUGCCAGCCAUGAAUAGAUCAAAAUGUAAAUUUUUUUUUCUCUUUGCUCAUUUUUCACUGUAAUAUUGGGCUAAUGCAAGUUAUGCUCAUUUUAUGUAAAUGUAAGUUAUGGCUAUGUUGACAUAUUCAUUUCAUUUUGUUUAUCUUUGUCCCUUUUUGGCCA